AUGGGAGGAGCAGUUAGUGCUGGUGUUGAUCAUGAUGACUUAAUUGAUAAACUUAAAGAGGCUGAUUAUAUUAAAACAUCAGCCAUUGAAACAGUGUUCAGAGCAGUUGAUCGUGGAUUUUAUUUUUUACCUGACUGUUUAGAAAGUGCCUAUCGAGAUUUGGCAUGGAAAAAAGGAAACAUUCAUCUUUCUGCCCCUUGUAUUUAUGGGGAAGUCAUGGAAAGUCUGAACCUUAAACCUGGACUAAGUUUCCUCAAUUUGGGCUCUGGAACUGGCUAUCUGAGUACCAUGGUUGGAUUAAUUUUAGGACCCUAUGGUAUCAAUCAUGGUGUAGAACUACACGAAGACGUUAUAGAUUAUGCCCACACUAAAUUAACUGAAUUCAAGAAGAUUUCACCAGCUAUAGAUUGUUAUGAAUUUUGUGAACCUCACUUUGUUAAAGGAAAUAGUUUAUGUUUAAACGGCAGUUCUCGGCAAUACGAUCGUGUUUAUUGUGGUGCUGCAUGUCCUGAGAAUCAUGAAAACUAUAUGAAAAAUCUUAUUAAGAUUGGCGGUGUGCUCGUGAUGCCUUUAAAUGAUCAGUUAAUGCAGAUCACUCGAACUUCUGACAAUACUUGGGAAUCUAAUGCUGUAUUAUCUGUUACAUUCGCACCUCUUCAGUUACCUAGGUCUGACAGUACUAAUAAUUGUGUAAAUUUACCUGAAGUUAAUCCUUUGGAGCUCCAGGAAAUUUGUCGUAGCGUGAUUAGAGGUAUUCUGCGGGAUCAAGCCAAAGCUGAAUAUCCGGCGAUAGCAGUCAGAAAAAGGAAAUUGUACACUGGUAGAAGAAGGAAAAUGUUCCAUAACCUGAUCAUCCCAAUAAUGGAUAGUUCCGAAGAAGAAGGAGGCGCUAGGGAAGGAGGUAGAGGAGAUUUCAGCCUUCUUUUGUCGCGAUUUCGUUCUUCACCCCGUACUUCUCUUUUUAGAGGCAUAGAGCUAGGAUCUAAUCGAAAUCGCUGGAGAAACAAUAGAGCUGCUGCUGAGGAAAAUCGUAAUAGCCCCCCUAAUAGAGCUGAGCUCGAUUAUGAUACUGAAGAUGAUGUCGUUGAUGACAUAGAUGAUGAAGUUGAGGAAGAAGAAGAUGAUGAAGACGAGGACGAUGUGUCAGAACGAAGAAGAAAAGUUGCUAAACGCGAGAAGUUCGACAGUGGAAUAUGUACUGAUAUGGAUAAUACACAGGAAGGAGGAGGAAGCUCUGAAUCUGAAGAUGAUCUUAAAAUGAUAUCCUCAGAGCCUGAUGAUGAUGAAGAAGAUGAUGGAAUGGAUAUUGAUUCUUCAUGUGGGCAUUGGAGCACUCUCAAAUCUCCUUCCCCACAAGUCGAGCAAGAAGAGGAUGUUCCCGUAUAUUCCGUUAUAAUGAGACAAAAGAUUUGCUCACUUCCUCUGCCACCGACUUUAAAAGACUAUUUAAAUUUUUAUCGCCCAUUUUAAAGUGCGAUGCAUGUUCUUUGAUUGUGAUUAAAAAAAAAAAUUGUAAAGACUCGUAUAUGUUAAACUUCCUUUCAAAGAAAAAUUGUAUAAUAUAUAUAAAUCAAUUAAAAUUUAUUAACUUGAAAAUGAGAUAAAAAUUUAGGAUCUGUCAAGUAUAUACAAUUGUAGAAAUAAAAUAAUUAAUUGUUGUUAUGUAGAUGUUACUAAUUUGCAAGCUGAAACUAACGUAACACACGACCACCCAUGUAAAAUUAGUUUUGCUGUAAUAUUAUAGUGGCGUAGCAUUUAACAAGUUAUUUAAAUUAAGUGUAGGCUAGGCAGUAUGCUACUGAAAAUUGUUAUUCUUUUUAACUUUUUUAUGCUUGUUAAAUAUAUUUUUCUCUUUGAUAAUCAAGUUUUUAUUGGUUUUAAAACUUAGUAAUUAUGGUUUAUUCUAUAAUCACCUUAUAAGCAACUAACAAAUAGUUUCAUGUUUUGUGUUAUUGGAUUUAUAUUUUGUCGUGGCAGUUAGAUGCUAUUGACACUUAAGGGAAAAUUCAAGACAUUGUUGUUUGUUAUAUUUCUUUUGCUUAGCAUACCAGUCUACGUGUUUUCCAACAUAUAUCUCUACAAAUAGUUUCAUUGUAUUGAUAGUUCUUGUAUUUAAUAUGACAGUCCAUUACUUUUUUAAAUUAUCGCCAAAAAAUAAAGCUUGAUGGUAGUUUUCAAUUAUUAAUUACUGGCCAAUUAUGAUAGGUCAUGAAAAGAUUUUGAUUUUUUUCUUAACAUAAUUAAUUUGAUAUCUUUGUAUAUAUAUUUAAUGUCACCAUAUUGCAGAUAAUCUAAAAGAUUAUUCAUUCAUAAUAACUGUUCUUGUUUUAUGUUUGUCAAUCAAAUUUGAGGAUCUUGAACUAGUGAAUUAAAAAUUUAAGAGUUCAAAGGAUUGUUCUAAUUUUUAAUGUAUUUUUAAAAAUAGUUUUUUUAUGAAACAUUUAACAAAUCAAAAUGCUGAAUUGUAAUAAGAAUGGGGUCAUAAUUAAAAGAUACAAACUGAACGAUAAUAGUUAUAAGGUUUGAGCUAUUGUGUUUUUAGUUUAAAAACGUUAAAUGGUAAUUUUUUUCGUUCCACAUCAUCAAUAUAUUUUUACAAACCCAAUUAUAAAAUAUUAUUAAUUAUUAUUAUCUUAAUUAUAUAAUUAUUGAUGUUGAAGUCUAAUGCAAUGUUUGUACUUAUGCCAGUUUUGUUUUAUUAUAAUGGGUGAAGUAUAAUUAACUAUAAGAAAAGCCUGUGUACGUAAGAUGGAUAAUGAAAAUUGAUAUUAAAAAUAUUAUGUAUCAAUAUGAUUGGUGAUGAUCAGAUUAGUUUGAUAUGAAAAAUAUUUCAUAUUCAAAUUGUGUAUAUAUGUAUGUUAUUUCCUUUUAUAAGCUUGUUGAAUUCUAGAUUGUUAGGUAUAGGUAUUAGGUAUAGUUACGGAAAAUGAGUGAAAUGUUUCCAAAUUUGAAUAUAUUUGUAAAGCAUUUAUAGUUACUCUUAAGCAUUGAAUAGAAUACAUAUGCUGCCAUAAAUCAAUCAAUCAAUUUGAGAUGCAUUGAUUAAUUAAUAAAAAACAAAAUAUUUUAUGCUUAAUAUUUAAAACUAAACUGUAUUACAAUUUCAAUUCAGCUAUUAAAAAAUAUUUAAAAUAUAUGUUGCCCAUUGAAUUAAGGAUAUGUAAAUGAAAUUCUGAAAAUAGUUAAUAGUUUAUAAAAAACCAAAAAAGAUCCAUAUUAAGAUUAUUUUUUUGUAAUUCUUGUAACCAAGAAGUGCUUUUUAAAGGAGCUUAAAAAUGAUCUCAAGCUCUUGUCAUUCAUUCUAUUACCUAUUUAGUCGAUUUUGUUAUCCUUUUUUUUUACAGACAUAUUUUUCUUAGUAAAAGGGAGGAAAUGAAGUUUAUAAAAAAUAUGUUAAAUAAAGUAAUAUAUUGCAUAUCACUUUUUGGUCAAUUCUUUUUUAUUAUAGUUUGUAUACAAUACUAUUUUCUAAUCUUAUUUCAACAAAUUUGGAAACGUAGAAGUGAAUGUUGUAUUUAUGUAUAUAUUUCUAACAUUUAAAUUGUUCACAGUAUGCUUUGCUAUAAGAUAUAUCUAUGUGAAGGGGUACUAGUCAUCAAAACACUGAUGCUGGUGGGUGUUAUCUUGUUUCAUUUUGCUAAAUGAUUUUGGAAUUUUAUUUUUUUAUAUAUUUUUUUAUUUCCUUUGCAGUGGUUUGUUGACUAGUUAGUUUCAACAAGCUGAUUCAGGCUUGUGUGUGUAUAUUUUAUUGUAAUGAGAUACGGGGUAGUGGAAAAAACCUGUUUGAUUAUCGAGUGUUAUUAUUUUAAUAAAUAUUUUUAUAGCAUAAUUUUAUUCCUUAUAAAAAAUAAUAAUAAAGUGAUAUAUGUUUCAU